GGCAUAGGGUGCCCGUUGCCAUGGUAACAGUACUGUUUAAAUGCAGCACAUUUUUUUAAUGUUGUCUUUAUUCGCUGAAAUAUAAGAUUUUUUAAAAUAAUAAGACGUUUUUCAUCUCCGGAAUGUAUCCAGAUUAGUUCCAUACCCAAAGUACCUUUUUCUUACAAGAAUAUGAGCAAGCUUUUCAUCAAAGGAUUGCAGAUUAAAGAUGGAGAGUACACAAAGACUGUUUAUUCAAUGAUAAAGGACCAGCGGUACUCUGAAGCGAUACAAGUUCUAGUCAACACCUUGGAGACAAAUACAAGUUCAAGAGCCUGUCUAUCUCUACUUGCCUACUGCUACUUCUACAUACAGGACUUUGUCAGUGCAGCCAACUGCUACGAACAGCUGAUAAUAUUAUUGCCUGAUGAGGAGGAUUAUAAGCUGUAUUAUGCCCAAGCUCUGUACCAGGCAUGUCUCUACCAGGAGGCUCUCAAAGUGCUGGCCAAGAUUGAUGAGCCAGCGUUCUAUGCGCAGGUUACAAAGCUGAAAGCAGCCAUAAAAUAUGGAGAGGAAGAUCUGAUCAGUGCCAAGGCAUUGAUGGAGAACUGCCCUGAAGAUGACACCGACACUGAGAUAAACCAUGGUUGCAUCUUAUACAAAGAAGGUCGCUAUGAUGAUGCUUUACAAAAAUUCAAUACAGCUCUCAUGAUUCUUGGAUACAACCCUCACCUGUCUUACAACGUGGCAUUGUGUUAUUACCGACUCAAAGAGUACGGUGCAGCCAUGAAGCAUAUUGGUGACAUUAUCGAGAAAGGCAUCAGAGAACAUCCUGAACUGAGUAUAGGAAUGGCGACCGAAGGUAUAGAGGUUCGCAGUGUUGGUAAUACACUGACUCUGCAUGAGACAGCACUGAUCGAAGCUUUCAAUCUCAAGGCGGCAAUUGAGUAUCAGAUAAAAUCAGUGGAAGCAGCAAGAAUAGCCCUGACCGACAUGCCACCUAGAUCUGAAGAGGAGCUGGACGCAGUGACUCUGCACAACCAGGCUCUGAUGAACAUGGAGACGCGCCCUAGCGACGGAUUCGAGAAGCUGCAGUUUCUGCUGCAACAGAACCCGUUUCCACCCGAAACACUCGGCAAUCUGCUGCUGCUCUAUUGCCGCUAUGAGUACUAUGACAUGGCAGCUGAUGUGCUCGCUGACAACACGCAUCUCACUUACAAGUAUCUCUCUCCUUACUUGUACGACUUCCUCGACGCACUGAUAACGCAGCAAUCGUCACCCGAGGAAGCGUACCGCAAAUUCGACGAGAUUGCAUCCCGGCACACCGAGUCACUGAGGAAGGCCACCAAACGGGUGCAGGAGGCCAGGGAGAUGCAUGAGGACUCCGCCAUGAAGAAGGCGGUCGCUGACUAUGAGGAUACGCUCGAAAAAUACAUUCCGGUGUUGAUGGCGCAGGCUCGCAUCUACUGGCAGCUGGAUCAGUACGCCGCCGUGGAGAACAUCUUCCACAAGUCGGUGGAGUUCUGCAACGAGAAUGACACGUGGCGACUGCACGUGGCCCACGUGUUGUUCAUGCAGGACAACAAGUUCAAGGAGGCUACCGGAUUCUACGAGCCCAUCGUCAAGAAGUAUUACAACAAUAUAUUGAGUGUGAGCGCAAUAGUUCUGGCCAACCUGUGCGUGUCUUACAUAAUGACGGCGCAAAAUGACGAAGCUGAAGAGUUGAUGAGAAAAAUAGAGAAAGAGGAGGAAAGACUUGCUUACGAGGAACCAGAUAAGAAAGUUUUCCACUUGUGUAUCGUCAAUUUGGUGAUUGGGACAUUGUACUGUGCUAAAGGCAAUUAUGAAUUCGGAAUAUCUCGUCUAAUCAAGAGUUUGGAGCCUUAUAAUAAGAAACUGGGUACUGACACUUGGUUCUAUGCCAAACGUUGUAUGCUUUCUCUCAUCGAGAAUUUAGCAAAAAACACUAUUGUGGCAAGGGAUACGUUUUUCCAAGAAUGUAUUAUAUUUUUGGAGCAAUGCGAAGCAUUUGGAAAAGACGUUAAAACAAUUGCCGACCAACCAUUGAUGGAAACUCCUUUGCACCAGGGGAAGAAUACAGUUACAUAUGAAGCUCGCCUUUUGAAAAGUCUUCUAUUGAAAGUUCAAAUGUUCUAAUGCUAUUCAAUAAAUUAAUAUACACUGCAAAAAAA